AUGGAAGGAAGAGACAAGGACUGUGGUAGAGAUGCUGGACGCAGGACUACUGGUGAUUACCCCCAAUCUUCCAGAACGGACUGUAGUCGAGGAACACCCGGACGAGCUUCCAUAGGAGGAGCUGAAAUAGUCAUGGAUUUAGCUGGAACGAAACCAGUCAUGGUGGACAGCUACCUUUCAAAAUUUGACUCAGUCAUGAGCAUGUCUCCUGAAAUACCCAGGCGAUAUUCUGAACCGGAAGUUACCGAAGUUCAGGACUUGGCAACCGGAAGGAGUACAGACAGAAGUUUUGUGACGGAUUGUACAACCCCCGGACCCGGAACUCACCGAUCACAACCCACGGGCCGUUUGUCCAAAAGAUCCCGAAGAGGUGACUAUGGACUCAGUAUCAUCACCUGGGACGAGUUUCUGGAAUGUCCGAAAGGUUUCAAUGAUUUGUUCUUUUUGGAACGUGGUGACCUUAUAACCUUUGACCCAGAUGAGGUCAACGUGUUCUUUCAUGAUUCGUUGAUGAUGCAGCCGAUGCUAGGAUCACCUUCAGGAGAUGGGAAAACAUGGACAAUAUUUAUUGAAAGUCUGAGUCAUCUGAAACAGGUUCGCCUCUGGAUGUUAGAGAGAGUCUCGGUUAUCACUGCGAUUAUCAAAAAUAACAAAAUUACUGCCACUACACAAGGUCAAACAGCGCCAUGUUUGAUAGCUAUAAAUCCCAACCAAUCGUCAGUGAGAGAACAUUUAGAGCAGGCUUUCGAGCAAUCUUGGGAAUCGGUGUUAGCAAGGAGGCGGUACUGUAUUGAGAUAAAUCUUGGAGCGUGUGUAGAAGAAUGGUGCCAAACAGCCUUUAAUAUGAAAUGUAAAGUAAAAACCACCAAACUAUAUAUUACAAAUGGCGACGAGUACGCACCCCCAAACAUCCAGAGUAAAAAAUGGCGGAUAGCUUGCUACCCUUGUCUUUCUAUACAACGCCUCAUGUAUAAGAUGCAGAGACGAAAUGCUUACGAUGAUUAUUUUGUCGAUUUUAAAUCCGAGCCAAUAUCUAUAUGUACUGGAAGUAAACUGAUGCAGAUCUAUGCAGGUCCAUCAUCAACAAGACGACCGGGCCUGAAGAAGUCUGUAUCCAUAAAGGUGACAACUUCAACACAGACACUCGAUGAUCGUCGUUCCUCAGAAACAUCGGAGUCGCCAGACGAGUCGUUUGUCGAGGACGGUUACGACAACGACGCAUUUGACGAUCGCGGGGAGGAUGUCGAGGACUUCAACGCCAAGACGCCAACACCUCGGUUGUCCACUCAACACGAGGCAAAUCUAGUACCUAGGCCAGGAUCCCGAAUGGGCGGAGACUUUUCCAAACGAACCUUCAUCGAAUCGACCCGGUCUGAAAAAAACAUGCGCGUUAUCAUGGAAAGUCCAGUUCCUAUUUCGGACGGUGAUGACACGCCGGAGAAAAUAACCAAAGCGAAAGUAGAAGCUUACGUUGAAAGUAUCCCCAACUCAGUCGAAGAACCUCCAUCUAUUUUAACCACUCCGAAAAGACACACACGAAAAGGCUUGACGACGGUGUCGCACGGACUAGGAGGAAGUGCGCUCGAUUUGUCCCAGCGACUAUCAGAUUUGCCUAAUCUUGCGUCACCGGGUCGAGUUGAGUCGCAUGUAAAGCCUAAAAUUGCGAAAGACGCGACCACACUUCCGGAAAAACCACCAACGUCGACCACUUCUGCUGGUUCGUCGAAACCUCAACAGAAAAACGAAAAAGGCAAGAAACGAAUUGGAAAAAUUUUGAAAGAAAUCCUCUCGAACAAUGAUCAAAAUAAGACUUCGGAAUCGGAAACAAAUGUGGAAGCCAUUACUUCAUUUUCAGAAUCAAAACUAAUAGUAGUCGGUAGUGAAAAGACACGCGAAGAUCUAAUAACGAAUGAAAUUAUCAGUCAGACGGUACAGGAGAUGCUUCCGCCGUCCAAGGAGAACACCUCUAGUAGCGGGUUUGACGACGCCAUGUCUUCUGUGAGUGAAAUUAUUUCUCCUCGAAAGAACAAAAACAAAACGACACCUUUAUUCGUAGAACCUCAACGAAACGCGUUUUUUCCUAACCGGAAAAACGGAAAAGUACGGCACGCGUUUUCUGACGUUGAUCAAGACGAGGAUGAAUUUACGGACUACGAACCAGACAGCGUGAUGUCAGACAACUUUGCGGUCAACUCACCAAGAUUGGUCGCAGUGAAACGGGCAAAUAAAACACCAAAUUUCUCCAACCGGGUUGCGGUUAUCAGCGAUCUGGAUUCGGAUUUAGAAGUUUUUGAUAUGGAUGAUGAAGAACCAAAGAAAGAAAAUGUUUCUUCAACCCCAGUACCGAAUUCUCUGAAGGUUCCAAACCCACCAAAAUAUCCCAACCCUCAUUUAAUUCGGGGACCAAAAGGGCAGAGAAACUCCCGUCGCCGAUACUUAGCUCUGAAUAGCUUAAGAAAGAAAACGCGAGUGGGGUUGCAGCAACCUGAACUGCGACGAUGA